UUUUCUGUGGCGUUCAUCUUGGAGAUCAAUUUUGGAGGAAAUGGCGAGCGCAAGUGUGCUCGCGGCGACGAUAAUAAUUUGGUUGCUAUUAAUAAUCUCGCAGAACAGCGAAGCGAUAUGGCUGGCGUUGCCGGGGAGCGGUUCCAAGUGCGUCUCCGAGGAAAUCCACAACAGCGUCGUCGUCUUGGCGGACUAUAUCGUCAUCACCAACGAUCACGUCCAUCCUACUCCCACAGUCACCGCUAAGGUCACUUCGCCGUACGGAAACAUAAUCCACCACAGGGAAAAUGCGACUCACGGUCAAUUUGCUUUUACCUCGAGCGAGACUGGAAACUACAUAGCUUGUUUUGCACUGGACGGCCAUGUUCCAGGAGGUCAUGGCGAGAUCAACAUUAACCUAAUAUGGAAGACGGGUGUUGCUGCUAAGGAUUGGGAAUCUGUUGCGAGGAAACAAAAAAUUGAGGGCGUAGAGCUUGAGCUAACGAAGCUGGAAGAAGCAGUGGAGGCUAUCCAUGAAAAUCUUCUAUACCUCAAGAGCAGAGAAGCAGAGAUGAGGACGAUGAGCGAAAGAACAAAUGCUAGAGUUUCCAGGUUGAGUCUUGUCUCCAUGGGAAUCUGCAUUCUUGUCUCCACAGCACAGAUAUUUCACUUGAAGAAAUAUUUCCAAAAGAAAAAACUCAUAUAAGGUAAAUUGAACUGA